UGGCCUGGUGUCUUGUGCAAUAGCGGCUCCGUCUGGGGACUGCAGAUAGAGAAUUUGGAGCUUUCUGGUUCUAUAGACAUUGAGGCAUUGUCGGGUUUGACAUCCUUGAGGACUCUAAGCUUCAGGAACAACAAGUUCGGAGGGCCAUUCCCUGAGUUCAAGAAACUCGCUGCUCUCAAGUCACUUUACCUCUCUAACAAUCAAUUCGAAGGAGAUAUACCAGAUAAUGCUUUUGAAGGUAUGGCGUGGUUGAAGAAGGUCCAUUUGGCACAAAACAAGUUUACUGGUCAAAUCCCGACAUCUGUGACCAAAUUGCCCAAGCUUUUAGAACUGAGACUUGACGGGAACCAAUUCACUGGACAAAUACCAGAGUUUGGACAUGAGCUGCACUUGAUAAACCUUUCAAACAAUGCAUUAACAGGUCCAAUCCCUGAGAGUCUCAGCAUGAUGGAUCCAAAGGUGUUUGAAGGUAACAAAGGCUUAUGUGGAAAACCGCUGGAAACAGAAUGUGAUUCUCCUUUUAAAGAACUUCCUCCACAA